AUGUUGCCUCACUUUUUGCCCAUCAUUAUUUUACACAUGUCAACCUCAUCUUUCAACUUCUUCGAAGAACUUCCCGAUGUCGUCUUCUAUGCGGUGUUGGAGAGACUGCCCGGACGGGUCAUUGAAAACACUGUUCGACUAAUCUCAAGGGAUUGCUACAGAAGGGUCGAGUUGCGCAGAGGGAGACUUCCUCGUGUUUAUCUCGAUCAACUUAUUAUUCGUGCAGGGAGCAGGUUUGAGUAUAGAAGAGAGCCUUUCGAGAGAGCAAGGCCUUACUGUGACUUUGCAGAAACGAUCGAUCCAGCUGACUUGGUUCAACAUUUGAAUCAUUUGAAAGAGCGUGCAACCUUCAAGACCCUCGAGUUGAUGGAUGUCAAUUGGGCUUAUGCUGCAAAUUGCAAGUUGCAAAUCGAGUGCGAAGAAUUGUCUUGUUGUGGCAGCUUUACGACUCUUUCGCCGGAAAGAUUCAUGCAUAUUUUUUGCAGUAUAAGACCAACACGCAAGCUAACGAUUAAGGCGAAUCAGGACAACGACAUUUUUCCUGUGACGAGUGACUUUUUCACCAACAAUUAUGCGAUUCGAUUGCAAGAAGUUUCGUUUUGCGGUUACGGGAAUGCCAUGGUUGAUCCAUUAAAUGACACGAUCUUGUUGUAUUCAAAUUUUCCGAUUUUUUACAAUUAUUUUCCAACAAGUCCCGGGUGCACUCUUGAUGGGAUUCUAACGGGAUGCUCCGAGACUGCAGCUGGCGGGCAAGCAGAACGUCAAAAUUUCUUGCGCAAUUUAUCUGGAUUGCUAGUUGAUAAAAUGUUCUACGACAAGAGCACGGCUAUCUUAGGAUCGAAA